CUACAAAUAUUUAUUAAAGCCCAACCGUGUGCCAGCCACCAGGCAUAGAAUAGGGAACAAAAUAGUUUCCCUGCAACUAUAUAAAAAGAAUGGCAUAUUGUACUUCAAAUGCCCCUUUGCCAAAAUAAGAGGCACAGGACAACAGCUGUCUGGAGACGAUCUCAAGCUAGUCAGGACCCAUUGUAAAUAUAGAAACCUCUAAAAAUAGCCGCUCGUGCUCCAGACUCAACAGGUGAUUGGCCCAGAGAGGGGAGGGGACCCCAGGCCACGGUAAAGGGAGCGAGGACAGCGCUGGUUCCCCGCUCCCCGCACUGCCAUGGCUCUGCCUCUGAGGCCCCUGACCCGGGGCUUGGCCAGCGCUGCCAAAGGAGGCCACGAAGGGUCGGCAGGUGAAUGGGGAGCGGGCGGAUCCCGGGGCUCCCCUACCCUGCCCACUUGUUCCCGGGCCCGCCGCCCCAGGCCCUGCGCGCUCACCCCUCUCCAUCCGCAGCUCGCACCUGGCGCCUGCUCUCCUUCGUGCUGGCGCUGCCCAGCGUGGCCCUCUGCACCCUCAACUCCUAUCUCCACUCAGGCCACCGCCCGCGCCCCGAGUUCCGUCCCUACCAGCACCUCCGCAUCCGCACCAAGCCCUUCCCCUGGGGGGACGGUAACCACACUCUGUUCCACAACAGCCACGUCAACCCACUGCCCACUGGCUACGAACACCCCUGAGGCCCCGGACGCCCCCGGGCGCAAUAAAGGUGUGAAGCUUCG